AUGCCCACCAGGAAGAGAAUCAAGCACGGCAUCUCGCCUUUCCCAGAGCACGUGGCCCCCAGCCCGGACGACUGCCAGAGGGUCUGGGAGCUGCUGACGGCCGCCCACGGCCCGGAAGACAGCAGCAGCAGUAGCAGCGGCAGUGACAGCAGCCCGCUGACCACGGCCGCAGGCUGCGGCGACCCCGACGACGUGCUGAAUGCGCUCUGCCGGACCAUCAUCAGUGGGGCGUCACAUGUGGCGCGGGCCGAUGCGGCCAUCCAGAACCUAGCGGCCGAGUUCGGCAGCGGCGGCGGCGGCGGCGACACGGCGGUCAACUGGCUCGCCGUCGCGGACGCGCCCUCGGAGCGUGUGCACGCCGCCAUCAAGGGCUGCGGGCUCGGCAACAAGAAGACGGAGUUCGUCAAGGCGCUGUGCGCCAGGGUGCGCGCCGAGAACACGGCCAGGCUGGCGGCGCUUCGGGCGGACAAGAGCGCCGGCAUGCCGUCGCCGCCGCCAUCGCCACUGGAUGGUAGACUGAAGCUCCCACUGCCAUACAGCGACGAGGACCGGGACGCCGAGAUCGCGGAGCUGAGCGUCAACAUCCUCUCGCUGCAGCGCCUGCGGCGGCCCGAGGUGACGGUGUCGGACGCGCUCCGGCAGCUCUCGGCCUUCCAGGGCGUGUCGGUCAAGACGGCGGCCUGCGUCGUGCUCUCGUGCCUGCACAAGCCGUGCCUCGCCGUCGACGGCAACGUCUGGCGCCUCGCGCGCUGGCUCGGCUGGGUGCCCGAGCGCGCCACGGACCUGCACACCUUUUACCACCUCGAGGUGCGCGCGCCCGACGGCCUCAAGCGCGACCUGCGCCGCCUGCUGGCCCUCCACGGCGGGCAGGCCUGCUUCCGGUGCGCGAGCGCGGCCAACAGGGAGCGCGGCGCCGCCAGGUGGGAGGCGUGCGUUUGCCCGCUCGAGGACCUGCUCGACAGGGGAAGGGGGGAUGCGGUCCCGGCCAAGGGAAAGGCUGACGCGGGCGCCGUGUCUCCGGCCGCCUCGACGUAUUCGGCUGCUGCGGCGUCGCCGGCCGCUGCGACAUCGCCGGCUGCCUCGGCAUCUCCGGCUUCGACUACUAUGCCCGAUAUCGCGACGUUUCCUGAAACUGUGCAGCUUCCUACCGCUAAGAUCGCCGCGCCAUCGCCUGCAAACCACGCCGUCCCUCCCGCCGUCAACCUUGCCGUGCCUUCCUAUAUAUCCAGCAAUCUUGGUGCUGGGGCACAUGCUCUUCUUGCGCCAGAAUACCUGAACACGUUCGCGCCGACUCUACAAAUCUCGACGAACUUGGUCUCGGGGAUGAACAAGCCCAAGAGCGAGCCAAUCUUCAAUGUACUACCACCAUCUACACCCUCGGUCCCGAUGCAAAAAGGCUUGGCGAGCAAGCAGGAGGAGGUAGAGGAAAAGAAAAACGAGGAGAAGAGCACACAAGAUGUCACCAUGAUGGAUAUCUUUCAGAGCAGUGAUCCGACUCCCGACUGCCUCCCUGCCAAUAAUGCAAAUAUUGUCGUCGCACACUCUCCUCCCAGCCCUUGGACAGAGGAGUCCGGCGCCGAGUGGCGUUAUAUUGUCGACAAAGCUAUGCCAUCGUACCGCAGGGCCGACUUGGAGGCGUCCCUUCAAAUGCUACCUACGUUUCGGCAGCUGGACGAGAUGAUGUUGGAGGAUAGGAAGGCGGACCUGGAAGCCAUUGACGACUUUUACGACGCGGGCGAUGACAUGAUUAUGGAGGAAAACUGUGUGGUUUAGGGCGAUGUACUCAUACGAACACGAUGAGCUCAGUGGGAACACCAGCUUGACAAGAUAGAGGAAAGGGAUAAUUGUUCUGGGGCCCAAACUGU